AUGGCUACUCUCACUCUCGCCCAAGCCCAGCCGGCUCCAGUCUCUAAUCAGAGUGAUGAGCCCAAAAACAUGGAAAUCGCGCUCUCGACGGCCGCAGACUCCAAACACAACGAGCUAACCACUACCCCUGUUCAUGAAUAUUUGUACACUAUGAUUGAGAUUGGCGUUGUCCGCACUUUGGCAGAGCGUGGUGUCUUUAGUGCUAUCCCAAUUACAGGCGAUAUUUCCGUCCAAGAGCUGGCGGAGAAGACCAGCAUCGACCUCGCACUACUUAAUCGCUUCAUCAAGUUUCUCAUCCUCGCCAAAGUCUUGGUCAGUCAGGCAACUGGCCGCGUUGCCCACACUGCCAAGUCAGAAUUCUUUUCCAUACCUAGGGCAAUCGACUUUUUGUCGUUGCAUGUCGAUUUCUUCAUGGGACCUGCUACUCGCUGGCCAGAUUAUUUUGAAGCGAACGGCUUCAAAGAACCACAAUCUGGCAAGCAGACACCUCUCGGGCUCUACCACGGCUACCCAGACAAAUCGAUUUACGAAGUCAUGCCCCUGCUCCCUGGCAACAAGGCGUCUAUAUUCAAUCGCGCCAUGGCCAAUACUUUGGAUAGUAUGCCCAUAUUGGGCUACUACGACUUCAGCUGGAUCGCCAACCACGCCUGUAUCGAGGCUGACCCUAAGCGCACGUUGUUAGUGGACGUCGGCGGCGGCAAAGGUCAGGCUAUCAAAGCUAUACUGGAGGAGAACCCCACAAUUCCUUAUGGGCGAUGCGUUUUGCAGGAUCAGGCUUUCAUGAUUAACGAGGCCAUUGCCGAGAAUGAUGUGGUCGUGAGGCAAACCGCAAAGGUGAUUUCAAGUUUCUUCGAACCACAACUCGUUAAAGGUGCGCUGGUCUACCACAUUCGCAGAGUCCUCAAUGACUGGUCCGACAAAGAGGCCAUAGAGAUUCUACAGCACGUCCGCGAUGCUUGUGUUGCCGACUCGGUCGUUCUGGUCUCGGAACAGAUUCUUCCGGAUGAACCGUCGUUAGAUCUAGCCGCCAUGGAUGUUUUUAUCAUAAACUACGGUGGAAAACGCAGAACGCGGGCCAUGUUCGAGGAGCUGGCCGGCGCCGCAGGUCUCAAGGUAGCAAGCGUCUCAGUGGACAAGGCUACUGGACAGGCCAUGAUUGAGAUGGUUCCCACGUGA